AUAAAUAAAUAAAUAAAUAAAAUAAGGCUAGACCGCAGAGAUGGCUCUUCCCCUGCUCUUCGAUUGCGAUGGCUGAACAGCGAUGAAGUUCGCAGCUUGUCAUGUCUGGCUGGUCGCUCAAUAUUUCCACCUUCAGAGGGAAAAGAGUUAACUAGUUAACUCAGGUGGUUUACUAGCCAGCUCGGCUCGUAUUUCUCCCGCCAGCGACAUCCCAAUGGAUCCGCGAGAGAGCGUGGGCAUCCGCAUCCCAUAACGAUCCCUUGCAUCUUCCACGUGGAGUUUCGGCUACUAAUCGUCUCUCCACGGGCUGAGAGAGCGAGAGAAAGAGAGAGGAGGGAACGCGCUCUCUUGCUGUGCGGGCGAUGGCGCAGGAACCAACUUCUUCUCCAUGAGGAUCACUGGUUAGUCUUCGAUGUCGAGCGUGUUCUUUGCAUAGAAACUCACUCUGGCUGACGAGUGUCUGGAACGAGAAUCAUAGCAGCAUCUUCCACCUAACAAUACCCUCCGAUGGCUCUCAUCACUAGUCAUCAUCCUAUCCCGGCCUGUAACCACGCACGGAGUAGCUGUCAUCCUCCAGGAAACGAGCUGCCAGGACAUCGAGUCCGACUCGCAAACGGGUUCGUGGGCGGCAGGGGAGUGGCCAGGGCCUGUCUGGUCGGUCUGUUCCAGCACAUCCCACAGGCAGCCACCAGCGAUGCUUCCUUUGCCUCCGUCGCCGAGCAAUACGCCGGCCAUAACUCGUUAGUUACAAAGUUAUUGCUUCCAUGCUGCGAGUGCUCUUCCGUGUUCCGUAGCUGGCACAGCACAUCUCUUACAGCACGGAGUCCUAAGGAGAGAGCAGGGCAGUCAGCCAUUUGUCUGCCCCAUAGCAACCCGGCAGUGAUACAUAUAGACAGACCAGCCAGCUAUAAUACCGAGCGCGUCAACUAG